AUGCAUUUUCUUUACUCAUUGACUCAUACGCAUUCUGCAAUCAGGGAGCUGAACUCAUGGAGUCGACAAUUGAGGGGUCUACGACUCCUCACACUCAAAACGCCAAUGAUUUUAAGGUUUUUUGUCCCCGAUAUCAAAGAAGGACUUGGAUUUUAUGUUCUAGACCUCACAAGUGUGCACCUAAGAACUAGCGCUUUUAUAUCAGCAUGUUCAGGAGAACAACGAUAUCCGCUCUUCCUCCUCGAAAGUUCCUAUAAAUCCAUUGUUCUGUUCUCGAAGAGGAAAACGUAUGGCUCAUACAGUAGCCACGACCACUCUUUGCCUCACCCAUCCUGCCGAAAUCGAAUCCCCCAAGGUACCACUCUCAAACUUGAUCUUUCUUUUGACUUAUUAACAUCAUUAAACUGUUCAACGAAUUGCUUAUUAGUUUGUGUGCGUCUAUCUCCCUUUGUUCUGAAACACGAAAGAUCUCUUUCGGGUCUUGGAACCAAACGGGUCAGCUUAAUUGGGCUUGGAAAAUCCCCAAUAACUUCAUCUUCUUCCAUUUCUGCUUAUCGAUGUCUUGGUGAAUCUAUUGCUUCAUCUGCCAAAGCUUCUCAAGCUAACAAUGUCGUUGUUGCUCUUGCUUCUUCACAUGACUUAACUUCUAAAUUGAAGCUUACAACUGCCUCAACAAUAGCAAUUGGUGCAUUGUUAGGGACAUAUGAAGAUAACAGAUUUAAAUCCGAGUCAAAGAAACCUUCUCUCAAGUCAAUUGACUCUCUUAACCUUGGAGGUGGACCCGAGUUAGAAAAGAAACUCAACUACAUAGAGCAUAUUUUCUCAGGGGUAAUUUUGGGAAAAGAGCUUGUAAAUGCACCUCCCACUGUACUUACCCUUGGGGUAUUAGCAGAAGAAGUUGAAAUUCAAGAUAACAGCAAUGAAGUAGUAGCUUCUUCUGGUCCUCUUCUUGAAGUUUUGCUUCAGAAAGCAGCCAUAUGUUGUACAGCUAUGCAUCGUGGAGCAGCACUUGCAGCAAUGUCGUAUAUAUCUUGUUUUCUUGAGUUUGGGGUGAGUUCAUUAUUGGAAUCGGUGACAUACAACUCUGCAUCCAUGGUGGUUCAAGUAAUAUCACAUAGUAGGGAAGGGAUUGUAUCAAAUGUUGUGUUCACAAAUCUACAACUAUCUUGCAACAGUUGGCGGCCGUAUGCAGGUUUAGUGAAAAAACAAAAUGGAAUUCUCUUCUCUCUUGGGAUUCUUUUUUUGGUGUUUGGUUGUCUUCAAACAUACAAAUCUGCAACUAUGAGGGAGUUGUAUGAGAAGUCAGCAAAAAUGGAACGCGAUCUUCAUGGAGUAGAAGCUAUGUGUGCUGAUCUUAUACAAUUACAUGAUGAUAUUAAGGAGUUGACUUCUACACGCCAAAAACUUACUAGUCAAGUUCAGGGUAUGACUCAAGAUCUUGCUAGAGCUACUGCUGACAUGCAGCAAGUCCCAGGACUAAAGGCUGCAAUUGAACAUGAGAAGAAGGGGCAUGCAGAGAACUAUGAACAUGGUCAAGUUAUGGAAAGGAAUUUACUCUCUAUGGCUUGUGAGGUAGAAAAGUUGCGUGUUGAGAUGGCUAAUGCUGAAAAAUAG